AUGCAGCGAGUUAUCCAGCGGACAGCUUCAGCCCGGAGGCAGGCUCUCAAAAGAACGACCAAAGCUCAUGAACGACAAGAAUUGUUGGACCGUGUCGGGAUUCGGCGGGCGCGGAAGGACUUCGGCGCCGUACUGUCUACUCAAUUCCAAGAAGCACGAAAGAACCGCUGGGAGGAUUGGGAAAAGGGGCCUCUUGCCCCCAUGCGAGACUCUGGUCUGAGCCGCACUACAUAUGGUGGUCAGGAUGCUUCCAUUUUGCACCCGCCGCGCCUCCCUAAGCACGAACAACGGAGGCAUGUCCUCUUCGCCGAAGGUGACCGGGUCUGCGUUAUCCGAGGACGGGAUGAGGGAAAGAUCAAUGUGAUCCAGCAGGUCAACCGGGACAGUGAAACCGUCCUUAUCAAGGAUAUCAACAUGGCCGACGUGAUCAUUCCUGUAUGGGCCAAAGACAGAUUGGGACACGCAGGAGAUACCCAAGCACAACCCUUCCCCGUGUCCUUCGACGACAUCCGACACGUUAUCCCGCUGGAAGACACAGAGACUGGGCAGUUGCAGGAUGUUAUUGUGCAACAUGCUUAUGCCGCUGGGCCGUACACUGAGCGAUCUGAACACAGCAAGCUCCCAAGAUUCACUCGCUAUGUCUCCGGCUUGGACAUCGAAAUCCCUUGGCCAAUGGAGGAAGAGCCUGUCAUCAACGACGGCGACAUGGACACAACUCGAAUGGCAGUUGAAGUCAGCACAUUUACUCCCUCACUGGAGCAACCACCUAUGCCCUCAACUGUCAUUGAUGAGCUGCGCAACAAAUACUCCAGAUUCCGCACCCGACACGAUCCGGAAUACCUGAGAGAGAAGAUGAGGGAGGACUACCGCAAUGAAUACAGAAAGACCGUCUCCAUGAUGACACCGAAGACAGAUGCCAAAAACAUGUGGAUUGCUCAAGUCGCGGAAAGGAAGAAGGCCAACUUUGAUGCCGAAGGGAAUGGCAUAUUAAACCCGGCUGCCAUCAGUUUCAUUAACAAGCACAUCAGAAGCCAACGAAAGAAGCAGCCGAAGACCAAGGAUUCAAAGUCCAAGCAGGCUGCUUGA